CAGAACCUUAAUUGAGAUAGACGUGUUGGUCACAUCGCAUCGCAUCUUCGACUGCUGGAAGAUUCAUCAUAAUUAAUUGAUAAAGCCCAUUGAGCGAGAGAGAACGCGAACCUUUCCGAGUCGUGCAACAGCCAAUUGUCACGCGACAAACGGAAAGCCCCUGAACCGAGAGCAACCGGUGGUACACACAGCGAGUCGGACGGAGCGCAAGUCACCAGAGCAGAGUCCGUUCCAGCUUGAACAGCCACGCAACAAAGAGUUUCGCGGUGAUGCUGUGGCGCUGAUUUUUGCGCACCGAGACUGAUCAAAAACCGACGAAUAGUGUGAAGAUAGUGUAGGAGUGACCUGUAAUAGGUCAACGAGAACUGUGAAACUUUUGACGACGAUAACUUCGGAUCCGAGCCAGCAGAAUGGGACUCCGCAGGGAGCUGGUGCUGUGCGUGCUAAUUAACGCACUCUUCGCCCAAUCGGCUGUCUACACCCCGGGAAAUGCCCCCGUCUACAACCCAAAUGCCGAAGUGCCAGCCAUUGUCCCCACGCAGGUCAACAACCCCGGAUACCUGGUCACCCAGACCGUGUACGGAUUCCUGGACUUCACCACUACCAUCGGCAACACGGUGAUGAUCUUUUCUCCACAGAGUUCAGCUGCUGUCGUAACUGAGCCCCCGAAGACGACACCGGCACCUCCACCGGUGAUCGAGACAUCUCCUCCGCCAACAACCCCAUCGGCGCCGAUCAUCGAGGAGAUCAAACCCAGCAAGACGGUGAUCUUGCCGGUGCAACCGAAGGAGAAAGUCAGUAUCGUUCAGGUCAUUGCCGAAACGCCGAAACCAUUCGUAGUGAAGCCCAACACUCCGGUCAAGUUUGUACCAAAGGUGGUAACGCCGGUCAAAGCCAAACCAGUCAGCAAACCUAAACCCAAGGUAUCGAUCGUUGAAGUUACCCCAGUGAAGGCCGAACCAGAACCGGAGGUUGUCGUUGAGGAAAAGAAAGCCGAACCGAAAAUCCAGGUAGUGAAACCACAGGCUCCGAUCAUUAAGGUUGUAGCAGCCAAGGUUGAAGUCACCACAGAGAAGGAAGUCAUCACACCUGAACCUGAAGUCGUCCACGAGGGAGAGGAAGACGAAGAAGAGGACCAUGAAGAGGAAGAUGAGUCUGAACAGGUAGAGGAAGAACACGUUGAGGAAACUAUUAAGGAAGAAACUCCCGAAGAGGAGGAACACGAUGAGGAAGAUCACGAAGAAGUGGAAGAACAAUCCAAACCAGUCCUGGUAGAAGCUCCUAAGGCAAAGGCCACGGAAGAGCCUACCGUUGAAGCUCAUCAGCACAAGGAACAUUCGCCAAUCGAAUUCUCGAACAUCACGGAAGAAAACGAAGCCGAUCACGAAGACGCACAUGAAGACGAAGAAGACGAAGACGAUGAACCAGCCCCCGUGCUGCAAAUCGGCAACAACAUUGCCCCCGAACCAGAGUACGAUUUCCUGUCCCGCCAGCCAUCCGAAUUCGUGGAAGAAACGUACCGAGUGGUGAAUCUGAAACCGACCCCAACUUCAAGUGCCUCGUCGGCACCCACGGCCCGAGCAAAGCCCAAACGAGGUAAUAAAAAACCCCGACCGACGGGUCUGGUCACCAAGCUCGGUGGAACCGUAGUCAAGGACGGAGCCACAACCGUCCACGAAACGAGCGUCAUCGGCACCUACAUUUCAGGAAAAUAUGCCCAAGUCCUACAAAGCACUUCUCAUGUAUUUCAAGGUAACGCUGCCGCUGCCAACGCCGCCCCCGUCAACGCCAAGCCAGCUUCGGGACCGAAGGUGCAGCCCACUCCAACGCUUCGCAUCUUGAAAACGGCCGCCCCAAACCCCAACAAAACACCCCGUUACAAUCCGGAACUGGCCUCGAUCAUCACGCCGUCGCACUCGUCGCAAGCGUUGGAGGACACGGGUCUGCCGCUGGAGAAUCUCUUCGCUAACCAGCCGAGCUCCAGCCUGGUGAGGCCUUCGCGCCGUCUCAGCGGUCCCGGAGCCGGUCUCAAUGGGGGGGCGUUCAAGAACCGACUCAAGAAUCGCAUCGGCAAGGACGACAGCAACAACGACCUGCAGGAACGGUCGGACACGGUUGAGGAACCGGUUGGACCGCCGGCUUCCGCUCAGCCAAGCUUUGGUAAUGGGAAGAAAACUAACCGCUACCGUAACACGCAAACCGUCAAACCUAACCACGUGGUGAAGAACACCCGCUUUAACCGAUUCUCCUCAUCUAGUGUGGAACUGGCGACGGUGUCCGUUUUUAGCGAAACAACCACCGCUCCCGCCUACGCAAACAGGCGUAACAAAGCUUCUCGUAACAGUUUCAAGCCUAGCUCUACCAUAUCUAGCUCAGCCCAGUCGUCGUCGUCGUCGUCGUAUUCGGCAGCCCAACAGGACAACCGCCGCUCGUUCAAGCCUAAUCUGAGGCCCACUCCACCGGAAGGCGAAUCCGGCACCACCAGCACCAGCCUGUACAAGUUCAAGCUGAACCGAUCGCCCGGACGUUGGCAGUACAAGAGCCCCCCGAAACCCACGGUCAAUAUCCGAAAGCAACCUGGCGGCGGAACCAAGAAACCCAACGAUGGCGUGGAGAACCUGACGACGGCCCCGAUUUCCGACACCUCGGUACAGUACAACGACAUCUCGCAGAACCCGGACCACUCGGAGAAGGUCGACACCGAUGCGGAUCUGGACCAGUCUGGAUCGGUCAACGGAAACGUGCUGAACGACGCGGAGAACGACAACCAAAUCGAGCGACGAUACCCGGUCGAGACGAUCAAGGUGGAGAUCUCGACGCCGGUGGACUUCAAGGAUACUUACUACGAGAUUGCUACUAUCAAGUCACCCUACACUUUCCAGGUUGGCACCGUGAAGAACACUCGUUACAUCACCGUGACUUCAACAUUCGAGAAAGUCCUAGAACAGGAGACGGCCACAAUUACGCCUUCGCUGACGGAACCUCUGACUGAGAACAUUUUGGCAACGACCUCACACAUCGAUAAGGAGAGCAACCUUCUGGACUCGAGCAUUGCCACCCUACCAGCGAUUGCUCUGUCCGGCGAUACGGAAACUCCACCACUGGAAACGCUGACGGAGACCUUCAGUACUACGCAAGUCAUGUUGAAGACCCACAUCCUGCCAGUGAUUCGCGAUGGCACCGACACCACGAGCUACACUCUGAUUCAGACCUAUCACGUGACUCGGUUGGUAACUGCUACCAAAACUCUACCUCCCAUGGAAAUCUACCAAUUCGUGCCGUCCAAGACCCUGAACGAGUUCAACAGCCGCCUCGACGAAGCCGGAUCCGAACUGCAUUUGGAACUGGAGUUCGGCGAUGAAAACGACGAAGACGAUGACAAACCCAAACGCGAACGACUACCAUCCGACUUGGACCUUUCUAGCAUUGGCUCCGACUUUGACCUGUCUGAAGUCGACAAGACCAACAUCCCAGAAAACAUCCGCCCCAAGAAGAAGAUCUCUUCGCACAAGGAAGCUAACAAAGUCACGACUGAAGCCCCGGUCACAACCCCAUCCCUCACCCCAGAACAAAUACAGCAACUCGCUCUUCUUCGGUUACUGAACCCUGCGGCAGCCGCCCAAAUCCCAUCCGUCAUCACCUCCUCCAAACCGGUUGUUUCCCUCGAAACCGUCUACGAGUCGCAUGUUCUUCCUAUCAUCAACGGCCAGAACACCAUCUUCAGCACGAUCUCCCGCCCAAUCGGCACCCUCACCAAGACCAACUACGAAGUGGUCACCACCACUCUCCCUGCGCUCCCGAUCCCACCAAUCCCUCAGCUGAACCCCUUCCAGCAGCAACCCCAAGUCACCGUCCAGUCCACCCCAGUUGUCACCAACGUCAUCGUGACGGAAACCAACAGCAAGGUGCUCAAGUUGACCUUCGGCGCCAAGACGGCCUACACGACGCUCUACUCGACGACCGUUGUCCCCACGCAGUUGACCACCUACGUGACGCAGUCGGUUCCGGUGGUUCAACCGACGGCAGCCGCCUUCCCCGGCUACUUCCCCGCCCCGUACGCCCCCUUCCCGUACGUCGGUUAACUCUAGAACUCUCUAGCUACCUAUCUGUCUAUUCCGUCCCAGCUCCCGGGCACUCCAGGUGUGCAUCGGUAGUGUUGUAAUAAUUAUUUUAGCUCAACCCUUCGCAAGUGAUAGCAAUGGAUUGUUUUUAGUAGCGUUCCCAUCCCCCACCUUCCGACAGGCCCCUUGAUUUUUGACCCAAGCGGUGGUGGUGGGAAUUUCUUCAAGUGGGUCGAUUAGGUUUAUGGUUCUUUGUUGCGGCGGCGAUGCGUGGCUCUCAGUCGGUGUUUCUUCCUGUGAACGGAGGGGAAAUCGAAGGAAGUGGGCAAUUUUCGUUUACUUUGCUGGAGGUGAUCCGAUCGGAAGUUCUUUGUUCGAGGUGGAGCCACGGGGUACAAAGGAAUAUAUGGGCAAAUUAUAGGUUCCCGUUCGAAGAUGGAUGGUUGGUGCGGUGAUGGAACGAGGGGUCGGUCAAUGGAUUUGUUUGUUGGGGAUGUGAUUGUUAGCUUAUUUGCUAACCACAAUUAUUUCACAAAUUCGUUUGAAAACGCUUCUAUUACACUCGAAAAUCCAUACUUUAAAUUGUUUUUCGAAUUCAAUAAUAGGGACCAUGAUUAUAACCUAUUCCAUCUUGAAAAAGCUUUGUUCUCAAUUGCGAAAACUUGGUUUUAGAGUUGACUUAAAAACGUUAUGGAACCCUUACUGCAAAUCGGACGACACUUUCAACUCAAAAGAUGUGUACCAAGAAUAUUUGAGCAACUCAUUCAUUCAUCAGAUACUUUUGCUAAACCAUAAUUGUAUCAUCCAGUAGCAGUUUGUAAGCCUUACACAUUUUAUUUUGAGAACUGACUAACUACGAUUGUAGGUCAUAAUAACUGGUGUACAAAGAGUUUUCGAGUUUCAAUGUUUAUUGCAAUGAUUUAUGAAGCAAUCUGUGCGAGAAUCUUACAAUUCAAUUUCAUUUGCUAUGAUACGUUCAAAAUAUCAUAGACAAAAAAAUCUUGAAAUAUAUCUGCAAUGGUUUUGAAGGUUUUCAAAAAUUCAUUUGGCUCGAUGAAAUGGAAAGUUUUUUGUCAAAAUUAUUUGAAAAAAAAAACAUAUUUCCAUUACAAACCUUUUAUGCUGAUAUAAUUCUAGCAUCGAAAUUGAGGGAAGUGGUAGUGAAACGAAUGCCUAGCCAAGUACAGUGAAAACCAAACCAUAGUGAAUUUUUACAACGCACGGGUAUUUCAAAUCCACGGUGUUCCUUAGGCCAUUAUUAUCAGAAGAAAAUUCCCUACAAAUAUGAACUCAUCAGUCGUUUAUUAUU